AAAUUUAAUUUCAUUAUAUUUACAUAUUAAUUAAUUUUUUUUUGAAUAUUAAAAUUUAAUUCAAAUUUUAAAUUUUGCAUUUUCAGUAAACUCCGGCUUGUAAUAAUUGAUAAAAAGUCAAUUGUUGUUUAUUGCAAAAUUAAGAUUAUCGAGUCAUGGACGGUGAUCGUAUGCCAAAAGUUGAUCUGUCAAAGGAUUCUAUAAAAUUAUCAACAUCUGAUUUACACUGGAUUAAACGAGUUGAACAAGAAAAUAUUGACAGAGUAAAAAAAUUAAAAGUAAUACGUAAUAGAAAUCUUAUUGUUGGUGGAUUAUUAGGAGCUACUGUAUUAUCAAUUUAUUCAUAUACACUGAAGGCAAUUAAACAAGAGCAAUACUUUGAUGAUUUUGAUUUACCAGAAACAACAGUAUCAGAAGAAUAAUUAUUUAAUAUAAAUAAUUUUGUAGUUUAUAUUAUUCUUUUUUUUAAAUUUAUAAUUAAUUAGUUAAAUAUUAAAAAUAAACAUAUAUUAAAAUGGCUGCAAAUUUAAGAUUUCCACCAUUACCAUCAAUAAGAGAUAUUCUCAAGCUCUAUCGUCUUCAAGCAAGAAAACAAUUGGCUCAAAAUUUUUUAAUGGAUGAACGAUUGAUAAAUAAAAUAAUACGUCAAGCUGGAAAUAUAAAUGGUUCACAAGUUAUUGAAGUUGGUCCUGGACCAGGUGGUUUAACACGUUCAAUUAUGAAAAAAUUACCAGAUAAAUUAAUUGUCGUUGAAAAAGAUUAUCGUUUUAAGCCAACAUUAGAAAUGUUAGCUGAAACAUUUGAAACAAUUAAUGGUAAAAUGGAUAUUGUUUUUGAUGAUAUAUUAAAAACAAAUUUAACAACAAUAAUACCAGAUGAUUUUAAAAAAGAAUGGAAUGAUAAAUAUCCAAAAAUUCAUAUUAUUGGUAAUUUACCAUUUAAUGUAUCAACACCAUUAAUUAUUAAUUGGUUACAUGAUAUAUCUGAAAAAAGAGGAGCAUGGUCAAUGGGACGUGUUAAAUUAUUAUUAACAUUUCAAAAAGAAGUUGCUGAAAGAAUUGUUGCACAACCUCUGGAUGAACAAAGAUGUAGAUUGUCACUUAUGUCACAAGCAUGGACUUAUCCAAGAUUAAGAUUUAUGAUACCUGGUAAAGCAUUUGUUCCAGCACCUGAUGUUGAUGUUGGUGUUGUUACAUUUGAGCCAUUGAUAACACCAAGAACAACUCAUCCUUUUAAACUAUUUGAAAAAAUGUCAAGACAUUUAUUUUCAUUCAGACAAAAAUGGUCACGUUCAUGUAUCAAAACAUUAUUUCCACCGGAAGUUACUGAAGACAUGACAAUGAUGAUGUUUAAAUUGUCUGAUCUUGAUCCAACAAUGAGACCAGUGCAAUUUAGUGUUGAAGAUGUUGAUAAACUUUGUACAGCUUAUAAAUAUCUCGUUGAAAAUCAUCCAGGUCUUGAAAGUUAUAAUUAUCGUGCAUCUAAAAAAGUACUUGGUAAAAAUCAAGCUGUAAGUCUUCAAAUAACAGACAUUGAUGAUGAUUAUUUAAUUCCAACUGAAGAAUUUAGUGACACAGAGCAAAAAAUUCAAGAAAAUAUUUGAUGGUUUUAAGAAAAAAAUAAAAAAACAAAUUUGUAUGUUUAACAAAACAAAUUUUAUUACAUAUUAUUUCACAUUUAAUUGCAGUUGUUGAGUUUUUUUUUUUCUUCUUUUCUUUUCUGCUUUACAAUUACCAUAAGAAAAAUAUAUAUUUUUUAGUGCAAAUGUAAAUAUUUACAGAGAUUUAAACACUUGAAAAAUAUCGAUAAAUUUUACCUUUGUGUUGGCCCAUUAAAUACUGUGUAAUACAUUUUUUUUUUUUCGUUUUUAACUAAUUGAAAUACAAAGUUGAUUAACAAAAUUAUAAUGGAUAUUUUUAUUUUUUUUUUCGCAAAUUUACUGGCACUGAAU